AUGGAUCCAACAGCUGAUAUGAAUGAUGGCAAUAAAGAAAGUCUGAGUGAAAAUUCAGACUUAUCUCAAGACGCAAAUGUACUCUCAACAACAAUAAUAACAACAACAACAACAGUGACAACCAUAACAGCAGUUGAGAAUAAUCAACCGACUGAUACAGAUACAACUGUUGAUCAACCAUUUAAGAAACCGAAAUUAACUACUGAGGUUGAUCUAGACUCACCACGCUCCAAACCAGGUACACCCAGUUUAUCAAGUAUAGUCCCAGUUAUUACUGAUUCAGCUGUUGCAUCUUCUUCGUCAUUAUCAUCAGAAGCAGUUAUAUCAUAUGUCGAUCCACUCGCUACAGAAUGUCAAGAGACUGUAGCAUCUGUAAUUGGAAUUGAUGAUCCAACAAGUACUGUCUUAUUAGUUACUGAAGGAGCAGAAGAGGAACGUGAAGAUGAUGAAGAAGAGGAAGAAGAUAUUGAUGAUGAAGACGAGGAGGAGGAUGAGGAGGAUGAAGACGACAAUACAACUGUACUUGGUGAUGCGGACAGUGAAUCUGUUGUCAGUGAGAUUAUAUCACCAGUUUUGCAACAGGAUAAAGAGGCGAGAAAAAUAGAAGAUCGUAAACUACUCGCGUUGUUAGCACAUUUUGAUGAGGAACAAUUGAAUCGUUUCGAAACAUUUCGAAGGGCUACAUUCGCUAAAGCUGCAGUAAGACGUUUGGUACAAUCGGUCACUUCAUCGUCAGUUUCACAAAAUGUGGUUAUUGCUAUGGCUGGUUUAACAAAAGUUUUUAUUGGAGAAUUAGUUGAAGAAGCACUGAGUUACAAAGAACGUUUAGGUGAAAGUGGACCACUGAAACCAAAACACAUUAGAGAAGCUUAUCGUGUAUUGUCAGAAGAAGGUAGAUGUUGUACAGAAACUCCUGAAAAUCCCCUUUUAUAA